UCUAGCCGGGUUUUGUAUAUAUAUGUUUGCAUUAUGUUCAUGACAAUCAAUGAUGGUGUUGGCUUCUUCAAAAGGAAAGUGUCAGGAUUCGAUCAGAAUGCAUGUCGUCAUCUUUACCGCGAGUUUGUUUAUCACAGCCGUACCCAGUCUGGCUCGAGAAUGGCAGCAUCAGGUUAAAAAUACUUAUAAGUAUGGUAGUGUACAGGCUUUCGAAUCAGGGUCGUACCUUGAAACUGUACUACAAGAGUUUUUUAGCAGCCUUGCAGAGAAGGGAUUGGAUCCCUACGAGCCCGUCGAUGAACAAGUUAUAGAUUAUUCUCUCCCUGACGAUUCCUUUAUACUACAUGCAGUUUUAAAUGGCCUUCGUAUCACCGGCCUUAGCAAGAUAGUGAUAAACAGUAUUACCACAGGUUUGGUUCCGCCUUCUUUUGAUUUCAACAUGGUUUUUCCAGAACUAAACAUUUCGGCUUCUACCAUUUCAGCAGAAAUUGAAAUCUCUGAUAAAACCUAUGGAGUUGAAGGCGGUGGAUGGAUAGUGCUCAAGAACGUGACGAUUAUUGGUCGUGCGGAAAUCAUGACGUCCUUCGAAGUUGUGAGCGCUCGUGUCACCAUCGGCGCAGUCCAGUCGUAUUUCACCGGGACUCUCAAUGAUGUCAACUACACGGGUGAUUUCAACGAAUUAGUAAAUGUUUUCUUGCUUCCAUUACUCAUCGAUAACAAUAAUGAAGCGAACGAUGCAGUGAACGAACUUUUGAUACAACUUCUAAAUUACAUUUUUUCUUUAUCUUGAUUUAUUUUUGACUAAAUUAUUUUUGCUGUUAUUUAUUUUGUAG